CAGACCUCUUGUUUCAUUUGACGGAUUCGUGUCGAGUGGAUAUUCAUAUUAAAUUCACUGAUAUAUAAAAUAAUUUUAUGGAAUUUAGGAGAGUGAACCGCUUGAGCAAAACGCAUGUUAUUAUAGAUAAUAAUAAUUAUUUGCUCUCAGUAAAUAGUGAAAAUAAAUUUUCUUAAUAUAAAUCCAUUUAAAUUGAUACUAACUUGCAAUAUACAAUAGCUAAAAGGAAAGUGAAAGUGUUUAGCGAAACUUUAUGUAAAUGUAAAUGAAACUCAGUGCUAUAACUUUCUAUUAUGGUAGAAACUUUGGAAUUUCCAGUCAAGGGUGUCUAAUAUAGUGGAGAGCGUGUUGAGAGAGAUUGCAGCUUCAUGUACCACGGUAAAGAUAAUGUUGCAACUAGCCAAAAACAGUGUGACUCUGCUCACGAGUAUCUUAUGGCUUGGCGAUGCCGUUACUGAUGUGAAUCCCGUAGAAACCAGCGGCGAUAUGUUUUUUCGUAAAAUAGACUCAGUUGAUUGCUCGUUGCCAUACAAGAAAAGGUUUUCCUAAAGGAUUUUGCUAAUUUUGGAUUGCUAAAUAAUGCAGACCUUUUUGCUGGGUUUCCGGAUACCGAAGUCAAUGGCAAAUUAAAGCUAAAAUUAUUGAGGCCAAUUUGGUUAUGAGUUUAUCCUCAAAACCAUCCUCUUUAGCAUCAGUAUCCCAGCAGCGACAUCUCGAACAACACUUAAUGAAGCAUAAUAUUUCUGUGGGAUCAUCUCCACAGACUGCCUCGGCUGUAAAUUCAGUGAUUCAACAUAAUUUUUCAAAUAUUCACCACAUACAAAAUUUACAAAAUCAGCAUACUAGUGCCAUAUUAAAUAGCAACCACUCUACACCAUUUAGUGUAACAGAUAUUUUAAGUCCAAUAGAGGAAUAUCGGAAACUGGAGUUAAAUUGCAGUCCACCAUCACCAUUUAGAACGAAUUCCAGUGGAAGUAGUAUAAAUUCACCUAACACAUUAGGAUCUGCAACCAUGACAAAUCCAUACGCGAUGGGAUCGCUUUACCACAGCCCUGGAGUUCAAAGUUAUUGCGGACCAACCGACAAUCUUUCACUGGCGGGACACUAUUCAGAUAUGAGGAGUUCAGCUUCAUGGUAUGGAUCUACAACAAAUGAUCCAAGAUUUGCAAUAACGAGGUUAAUGGGUGGAUCAGCUACUACUUCGAUGGGUCAUAUGAGUAACAUGGGAAGCCUCGCCACAUGCAGUGUAACUGAUUCAAAACCACUACAAUUUCCCUUGACACAACGAAGAAAAAGAAGAGUCUUAUUCACACAGGCUCAGGUAUAUGAAUUAGAGAGGCGAUUUAAACAGCAGAGGUACCUGUCGGCCCCCGAACGAGAACACCUAGCCAGCUUAAUACACUUGACACCAACUCAGGUUAAAAUAUGGUUUCAAAAUCACAGAUAUAAGUGCAAAAGGCAAGCUAAAGAAAAGGCGAUGGCAGAGCAAAGUCAACAAAAUCAGACUUCAGGUUCACCUAGACGGGUUGCAGUUCCAGUACUUGUGAAGGACGGAAAGCCAUGUGCUGGUAAUAGCAGUAUACAGUCUCAUCAUCCUAGCACGACUAGUAAUGCUAGUAAUAACAGUAAUAAUACCGCUAACAUAAAUGAAAAUAACGGAACCCCGGAUGUUAAUACCAACAUCACAAGUGGUUUAAAUCUUAUAACAGGAGAGACCACAAACUCUCAUUCACCGGAUACAUCAAAUUCACUUAUCACCAGCUAUAAUGGAACGAUUGUAAGCCAUAAUCCGAUACAACAGCAAUCAUGCAACAAUUCUUUAAUGACUAACAGUUUGGCAAUGGCCUAUCGCAAUCAGAAUAAUUUUAUUUCAAAUGGACACCAGCAACAGUGUACCGGAUACCUUCCUUUACAGGGAAGAGCGUGGUAAAAGGAAUAAAGAGAUACAGUAAAUAAAAAUGUUGAAAUUUAUAUAAAAAUGUAAUUUUCGAUUUU